AUGUGCGCCGUGCUGCAUAGCCCGGCGGGGGACUUGCACACCCCGACCGUGGAGUGGAACCUGACCAGCUCGCCCUUCCGCUGGACACAAAUGGUCAGCGCCCAGACGGCCCGUUCCCAGGAUGACCCUCCACCCGCCAAUAUCGCCGCGUUUCCCUCGCUCGACCCGAGCCGGGUCUUCUCGAAUGCGGACCCAUUCGCCCCGACAUUCGAUGCGCCACAUGGCGUCGCGCGCUAUUUUGACCAUGAUCCUGGGGAAUACGUGGCGCCGGAUGAUAUCGCUGGCGUCGAAUGUCCCGGAGAGAUUCGGUCCCGGUCAUCGGUGGAUGCUAACGUGGGCGAACCAUGCAGAUUCCGCUACCAUGUCAUUCUCCAUGCGCCCACCGCGAUGUUCGACCAUGCCCGCGACAUCCCGGUGACCUAUCUGAACAAAGCCCAGGCCUACACCAUCACGGUUGUCGACUCCCGCCCGCCGGUCGCGCCCGCCCAACCAGUCCAAUACCGGACCCGAAUCGGAAUCGCGUUCGAAGAGCCCACCCACCGAUCCAAUCCGGCCACUUGCUGGCAGCUAUGGCACGACGCGCGGGGUGGGAGUGACGCUGAGCGACGCGGCAGCAGCCCGUGUGCGAUAGAAUUGGUGGCGCUGAAGGGAGGUGGCCAAGAGACGCCUGAUCCGACGUGGCAUCUAGAAAGUGCGUCCUUUAACCAGUUUUGUGUUUCAUGGAUGAGCUCGGGCGAGGCACGUCCGUCGGAAUGCCGGAUUCUCGUGCGAUUCCACUUUCUCUCCACGGAUUUCACUCAAUCCAAGGGGGUCAAGGGAGUCCCAGUGCGAUUAUGCGCGAAGACAGAGAGGAUCUCUUCCCCGGAAGGCCCGCCGGCAGGUGAAACGGAGUCGGAGAUCUGUUAUUGCCGAGUAAAAGUUUUCCGGGACCAUGGUGCCGAAAGGAAGCUGGCCAACGAUGUCGCUCACAUCCAGAAGUCGAUUGAGCGAAUCGAGAAACAAAUCGCCCGGGCGGACUACCACGGGGGUGCCCCAGGUAAGAAGCAGAAACGCAGGAAUGUCGCGCGCGGGACCACCCCGAAUGACCCGACCCGAUCGAUGAGUCGCUCCCCCAGCGUGUCGACCCCGGGCGACCUAUACAAGGUGUUGUACGAUCUGCAGCGGUUGUUCUCGUCCCCCCUCUCGGUGAGCGUGUUCUCUCUACCCGGGGACGAGCAGGACGACCCUGAUCAGUUGGCUAGCAUCACGUUGGGGAACCAUAUGCCUGAUGGAACGGAAUUUCGUGGCGAUGCCGACCGCGACGGUCCAUUUGAAGAUGGUUUGCAGGGCCGACUGUCCCGUUCUCCCACUCAACGGUCAUCCAGUAUCACGAUGGGCCAGGCCAUGUCGGCAGACCCGGCGCCCGGUGAGAUUUGUCGAUUGCGACUUGCACUCAAUGGGAAAGCUAACCGAUUCUUAGUGGCAUGUUUCUAUAUCCAAAUCCAGAAGAGUCACCGUUCGAGUCCCUACUACCAUGCGGUGUACCUGGCCAAGCGGACCGUCCGCAAUUUGAUGUUGCAGCUGGCCAAGCAUGCUCACGUUGACCCGAGAGGCAUCGUUCGCGUGGUCCAUGUCAAGCGAAUGGAAUUAUCGAUCAUGGUCGAUGACGAUGUCAUCCAACAUAUGCCAGAGGGUCAAGACAUGAUUGCGAGCUUCGUAGAGAUCCCCGCAGUGAACCGUGAUAUGCGUUGCCGGCCGAGGUUCGAGGUUCAACUGACCUAUUAGCCAUGACGGGCGCCCUUGAGCCAGUCAACUUUAUCGUGUACCGGGCAGUAUCCUUCUAAGAGAACCAUAAGACACUCCGUACACUUCUUUGAGCAAUGCUGUCGCUGGCACCGGUUUUUUCAACCGCGCCGCAGAUCUUGCUCCGAGGACUUCGCAUGGGCGAAUGGAUUAUCGUCGAUCGGCGAUUCCUCGAUGAACCUCCAGAGAAGCGUAGAUCAUCUGCCUUGAGAGUCCUGUCAUACGUCAGAUUGGAUCGCUUUAGAUAAGUCAACAAUUCACGAAUUUCCAACGUUUCCUGUGGUUUUCUU